ACAGAGCCCAGGGCACAAGCAGCUCCCUGCUAGCGCUCCCUCUCCUCGCACAGCCGCCCGAAACGCCUGCUGAGCCCCAUGGCCUCCCCCGCUCUCUCUACCGCCCCUAGCAAUCCCCGGCUCCUGCGGGUGGCGCUGCUGCUUCUGCUCCUGGUGGCCGCCGGCCGGCGCGCAGCAGGAGCGCCCGUGGCCGCUGAACUGCGCUGCCAGUGCUUGCAGACCCUGCAGGGAAUUCACCCCAAGAACAUCCAAAGUGUGAACGUGAAGGCCCCAGGACCCCACUGCGCUGAAACCGAAGUCAUAGCCACACUCAAGAAUGGGCAGAAAGCUUGUCUUAACCCCGCAUCCCCCAUGGUUAAGAAAAUCAUCGGAAAGAUGCUGAACAAUGGCAAAUCCAACUGACCAGACGGAAGGAGGAAGCUCACUGGUGGCUGUUCCUGGAGGUGGCGCUGCCCUUACAGAAACAGAAGAGGAAACAGAGACACAGCUGCAGAGGAUACCUGGAUUGAGCCUAAUGUGUUUGAGCAUUGCUUAGGAGAAGUCUUCUAUUUAUUUAUUUAUUUAUUUAUUUAUUUGUUUGUUUCUUUUAGAAGAUUCUAUGUUAAUAUUUUACGUGUAAAAUAAGGUUAUGAUUGAAUCUACUUGCACACUCUCCCAUUAUAUUUAUUGUUUAUUUAAUGUCAAACCCAAGUUAGUUCAAUCCUGAUUCAUAUUUAAUUUGAAGGUAGAAGGUUUGCAGAUAUUCUCUAGUCAUUAUGUUAAUAUUUCUGAGUGGAUGACAUAUCACAUGUCAGCCACUGUGAUAGAGGCUGGGGGAUCCAAGAAAAUGGCCAGUGAGAUCAAUGUGAGGGCAGGGGAAUGUAUGUGUAUCUAUUUUUGUAACUGUAAAGAUGAAUGUCAGCUGUUAUUUAUUGAAAUGAUUUCACAGGGUGUGGUCAACAUUUCUCAUGUUGAAGCUUUAAGAACUAAAAGGUUCUAAAUAUCCCUUGGACAUUUUAUGUCUUUCUUGUAAGGCAUACUGCCUUGUUUAAUGUUAAUUAUGCAGUGUUUCCCUCUGUGUUAGAACAGAGAGGUUUUGAUAUUUACUGAUGCUUUCACAAAGAACAAGAAAAUAAAAUAUUUAAAAAUA